AUGGAUACAUUAGGAAGCAGAUAUCAAGGUGAGGACCCUUCUUCCUCUGAUCCAACACAUGUCUUAGAAGAGUCUGGAGCUUCUUUGCCCCAUGCUGUCUCACAUAUGAAUCUUCAGGGAUAUAGACAGGUUGGUUGGAAGACAUGGCUUUGCUACAUUGGGGCAGUGUGUACUUUAGGUCUCCUGCUAUUGUUGUUCAAGUGGCGUCCUCGUUUAGGUGUCCAGGCUCGAUGUACCUCCUGCCCCAUCUCCAUGGCAGGUACCCUAAUCUUAUGGGACAGUUGUGGUCGGGCAUUUGUCAUAGAUGUACUUACAGAGGAGAUGGAGGAAGACAGUAUGGAGACUGACAUAGGAGAAACAGAUGAUGAAUGGAGAGACACAGUUCAGCUACACAAGGACCAGAAAACCAUACUGCGGUACUAUGUGUUUGAGGGCAUUCGUUAUGUCUGGAUGGCCAGGAAAGGUGCUUUCUGUCGAGUCAGUGUUCUCAAUGAGGACUGGACAUGUGCUGACCUGCAUCGCCUGAAACAAGGUCUGAGUUGUGUGGAACAAAGCUCCCGGAGGAGGGUCUACGGAGAAAACAUCAUAGAUGUACCUGUGAAAUCUUACCUGCAUCUGUUGUUUGAGGAGGUUCUCAACCCAUUCUACAUGUUCCAGGUGUUAAGUAUUACCCUGUGGACAAUUGAGAAUUACGUCUAUUACACUGUCUGUAUCGUGGUCAUAUCAGUUCUUUCCAUUGCUUUGUCGCUCUACGAGAUCCGCAAGCAAAGCACCGCUCUUCAUAAAAUGGCCCAACUGAUAGUGAACAUUACAGUUCGCAGAGACACUGGAGAGGAGGAGUGUGUGAGUUCAGAGGAACUGGUCCCUGGUGAUUGUAUUGUGAUCCCUACAGAGGGUCAACUUUUACCCUGUGAUGCGGCUCUGCUGACAGGGGAGUGCAUGGUCAAUGAGAGCAUGCUAACGGGUGAGAGUGUGCCUGUGAUGAAGACACCGUUACCGUCCACUGGGGAACAGUACAGUCCUGAAUCCCAGAAACGACACACUUUGUUCUGUGGCACACAGGUCAUUCAGGCUAAAGGCAGUUACCAAGGAGGGAAAGGGGCAGUUGCUGUUGUCACACGUACAGGAUUUUUCACUGCAAAAGGCAACUUGGUCAGCUCGAUUCUUUAUGCACAACCUACUGACUUUCGUUUUAAUAAGGAUGCUUGCAAGUUCUUGUUUUUCUUGGGAUUUCUUGCAUUGUGUGGUACAGUCUACAGCUGUGUAAUUCUUAGCAAGAGCAGUGCUGCCUGGUGGGAAAUUCUCAUGCAGUCUCUGGAUGUUGUAACCAUCAUAGUGCCUCCUGCUCUUCCUGCAGCCAUCAUGACAGGCACCAUCUAUGCCCAGUAUCGCCUUAAGAAAGAUGGAGUAUUUUGCAUCAGCCCACCCCGCAUCAAUGUCUCUGGAAAGGUUUCUCUCUUCUGCUUUGACAAGACUGGCACACUGACAGAGGAAGGUCUGGAUGUUUUGGGAGUGAUGGAGGUAAAAGGGACUGGUUUCGGUGAGCUUGUUCCUGACCCCCGCCUACUUCCUCCCAGCCCAAUGCUCUGUGCCUUGGCUAGCUGUCAUACUGUGGCCCUUCUAGGAGAUCAGCUCAUUGGAGACCCUCUGGAGCUGAAAAUGAUUGAGUCCACUGGUUGGGAUCUAGAGGAGCCGACAGAUGAGGAUGGACUGAUGACUGAGUUUGGGAACCACAGAGUCCUUGCAGUGAUGAGACCUCCUGCCGCUGAGUCACAGUCUGAGAACACUUCCAUUAAUCAGCCGAUAGCCGUCGUGCGUCGGUUCCCCUUUUCCUCCACUCUACAGAGGAUGAGUGUGGUAACUGUGAGCCCAGGGGGAGGGUCAGCCUUUGCUUUCCUCAAAGGUGCCCCUGAAAUGGUGGUCAGCUUCUGUGUGAGAGAAAGUGUACCCUCUCAGUUUACCAACAUACUCUGUGGUUUUACCAGUGAGGGUUACAGAGUUCUAGGGCUUGCCUACAAACACUUUGAUGUGCAGACCGAUUUCAGCACUAUUGAAAGGACAGAGGUGGAGGGAGAACUGCAGUUCCUGGGCCUGUUGGUGAUGAAGAACCAAUUGAAGCCUGAGAGUGCAGGAGUCAUCAGUACUCUGAGACAGGCACAGCUCCGUCCUGUUAUGGUCACUGGUGACAAUGACCUUACAGCUGUGAAUGUUGCCCGAGGAUGUGGCAUGUUGUCCCCUCAUGAGAGGUUAAUUUUUGUUCAUGCAUCUCCCCCUACUGGUGAUUUUCCAGCACUACUCCAGUUUAAUCUAGAAGAUGGGAGUUCUCAAUCUCGAUCAAACACUAAUGAGAAUAUGGAUAUCCUUGCACAGGGACUUAACCAAAGCAGAGUUAGCUAUCAUUUGGCUGUGAAUGGAAAAUCCUUCACUGCCUUGUGUGACUACUUCCCUUAUGAUCUUCCCAAGGUCCUGAUGAGAGGAACUGUAUAUGCAAGAAUGUCACCAGAGCAGAAGACCCAGCUGGUCAAAGCCCUGCAGAAACUGAAUUACCGGGUGGGCAUGUGUGGGGAUGGAGCCAAUGACUGUGGAGCCCUGAGAGCUGCUGAUGUUGGUGUGUCUCUGUCUGAGGCAGAGGCUUCUGUAGCCUCUCCUUUCACCUCCAAGACUGACAACAUCAGCUGUGUCCCCCUGCUUAUCAGGGAGGGAAGAUGUUCCCUUGUGACAUCAUUCAGUCUUUUCAAAUACAUGGCAUUGUACAGUCUAAUUCAGUUCACCUCUGUACUCAUCCUCUAUACUGAGAAAACAAACCUGGGUGAUUUUCAGUUCCUCUUAUUUGACUUGGGUCUUGUAACACCACUGGCUAUUGUAAUGGGCAGAGGAGGCCCAAGCAAUGAACUGCCCUCACAGCGCCCCCCUGCCAGCCUGUUGGCACUUCCAGUUCUGGGAAGUCUGCUCCUGCACACCCUCCUCCUAAUCCUUGGUCAGAUAGGAGCCUUACUCAUCACUUUUUCUCAGGACUGGUAUGUUCCUCUUAAUUCGACGGAGAUAGGAGCAGAAAACCUGCCAAACUUUGAGGACACAAGUGUCUUUGCUUUAUCAGGAUUCCAGUACAUCUUCAUGUCCAUAGUUGUGACAAAGGGAUACCCUUAUAAGAAACCACUUUACUAUAACUGGCUGUUUCUGGUGUUGCUCCUGAUCUUGUUCGCGCUGAUGUUCUGGCUGGUGUUAUCUCCUUGGACUAUCAUCCACAAAUUUCUGCAACUCUGCAAUAUCACUGAUAUUAAUUAUAAAAUGCUGCUGGUGGGACUGCCAUCACUCAAUUUCUUCAUUUGCUUCCUUCUGGAGGUACUUGUAGAUCAAGGUGCACUGAAUUUCUUCCGAUGCCUACGAAGAAAACGGGAAUCCAAAAAGCAAUAUAAACGUUUGGAUGCUCUUCUUUCCAACACCCCUUCAUGGCCACCCUUGAACCAGUCUCUGGUCCCCUCACAAAGUACCAUCACUGGCCUUGAUUAG